AAGAUGGCGGCUUGUGCACACCCUUACGAAGUUUUCCAUACAGUUUGUCACUGGUUGCAGAAUAUAUGUGGAAUUUAAAUAAAAGCCCAGACAUCUGUAGUUACGUAUUUCAAUUCAACUUUGAUGUACUUAAGGAACUCUUAGGAAAAAGUUUCAAUUUUGGACCAUGCUUUUUAAAGGGCUGAAUUCAGUAGCAAGCAGUGUUUAUUUCCCCCACAAAAUAUACUUUCAUCACAAUGCUAUCAAGAGCACACCUUCUCAUUGAAAAGGAGAUAAAAAAGUUAAAUGUAUCACCACCAUGGGGAAUAGAAAUCAAGCCUGUAAAUGAUGAUAACAUAUUUGAGUGGACGGCUAAAGUGAAAGGCUUGAAGAACACACCGUGGGAAGGUGGUAUAUUCCAAAUUUACAUCAAGUUUGAUGAGCACUUUCAUGAGAGACCUCCACAAGUCAUUUUCCAGACCAUCCCAUUCCAUCCAAAUGUGGACAUGAGAACGGGUCGCCCUUGCAUAGAUUUCCUGGACAAUUUUAAUCUUUGGCAUCCAUCCUACAGUCUAAAUAUGAUAUUAGUCACAGUUCAGACAUUGUUGUCUAAUCCCAGUAUGGAAAAUGCCAUAAACUUGGAAGCAUUGAAGUUGAUGAGGCAGUCACCACAUACAUAUCAACAGUUGAUAUUAGAGUGCGUUAAAGUCAGCCAGCAAAUAGAUGCUGGUAACAAAAUACCUAUGUAUCCGGAUUACAAGGCAAAAACUGCAAAUGGCACAGAUGGACAUAGGCAUUGUACUGCCCAAUCACAUGUCACCAAGUUAUCAUUUAAUGACUACCUGUUGACAUGGCAAUCCAUAGCCACCACCAAGCCCAGAGAGAAUAUUCAAAAUCAACUUCACCAGCUGCAAGAAAGAUAUCCUCAGCUGCAGAAAAUACAUCUUGGUUUGACAAAGGAAGAGGUGCAAGAGCAGAUGAAAGGGCAAAUGGAAGAAUACCAUCAGCUUAUGUAUGGUUCCUUCACUAGAAAGGUAAAGGACGGCAAAGAAAGAUCUGCUACGCUUGCUCGAAUUCAGCAAAUGAGAAAAAUCUACCUGCCACCACGACAUUCAUCCGCUGCCCAUGAGCAUUCCUCAGAGCAGCUGCUAGAUUCAGGUAUCACAACACGCGAGGGUGUAGAUGAAUGGGAAAAGGAAGUGGAUGAUCUAGUGCUGUGGACUGACAAACUGGAUGCUGCUGCCAUAGACACCUAGCUGUCUUCUAAUUCCUAAAAUUGUAUUUCCUUUGAAAAUGUAGGGCGAACAUAAGGUUAUUUUUGACAUUCACCAGUUUUAUGCAUGGAAACUUGAGGCUGGUGCAGGGAAGGUGACACACACAAAAUUAGAAAAAAAGGCUGUGAAAUUAAUUAUCUUCAUGUCCCGAUCUUUAUACAAUUCCUGAAGCAAAAUAUUUUUUCAUGACAUAAUCUUUAAGGAUCUAUGUCCAAAAGUUGUAUUUUUUGGCGCAUUCUGACUUAAAGAAACACACAAAAGAAUACUUUAGUCAGCCUUUUAACACAAAACUUUAUUUGCACACACUUAAAAAUGUAUUAACACAUUGAUGUUUUUCUGUGAAUAUAAAUAACUGAAGUACAACAAAAUGUACCUGGUUUGUGACAAAGAUACAAAGCUGGAUUUGUAUACAGACUUCGGCAUACACUUAAAGAUUUGCUUAACACA